CAACAAAUUUGGUAUCAGAGCUAAUACCCUUCUAUCCUCUCAAAAAUCCCCACCUUUCUAGCAUACAAAAAUCCUCUCAAAAAGCCAUGGCAACAACUUCAUCAAACACCACGUUUGCUACCUCCUCUAAUCAAAUUCCCAUUUUUUAUGGAGAAUUGUACGAGUACUGGAGUGCCCAAAUGGAGCCAAUUUUCAUCUCUCAAGAUCUGUGGGAUAUCGUCCAAGAAGGAUAUGAAGAUCCACAAGACGAGGAUGAAGACUCGAAAAAACGAGCAGGCAAGCAGACAAAGGAGUACAAGGAGAAUGCCAAGCAAAAUGCCAGCGCCUUGAGAAUCAUUCAGCAAGCUGUGAGCAAAUCAAUUUACCCCAGAAUAUAUGGCAUCAAAAAGGCCAAAGAAGCUUGGGAUGUCUUGCGUGAACAAUUCCAAGGUUCUGAAAAGGCGAUCUCCAUCAGGCGACAAAGUUUAUGGCGCCAGUUCGACAACUUGAUGAUGAAGGAAACCGACACCAUCAAAGACUUCCAUUCACGUGUGGCGGAGACAGUCAACCAGAUCAAAGCCACCGGUGACGUCAUGGAAGAGAGGAAGGUCGUGGAGAGAAUUCUCCGGAGCUUAUCAUCAAAGUUCGAGCAUAUUGUUGCUGUCAUUGAAGAAACCAAAGAUUUGGCAAAUUUAUCAAUGAGCGAGUUGAUGGGCUCACGUGUAGCACACGAGCAAAGAAUGAGCCGAUUCACCAAACCGCCAUUGGAGCAAGCUUUCUCGUCAAAAGUCAACAUGACAGAAAGUAAAUAUACCAAAUCGGAGCAAGGCCAGAGAGGGGGAAACUCACAAGGAAGAGGAAGAGGAAGAUCCAAUUACAGAGGAAACAACAGACAAAAUUAUCAACAACAAAGAUCGGGCUACACCGGCUCGAGUUGCAUAAUUUGCAAAAAGGCGGGUCAUGCAACAAAAGACUGCAGAUUCAAGUGCACCAAGUGCAGAAUUCAAAACCACUCCCAAAGAGAUUGCUGGUUCCAGAACAAGCAAGAAGAAGGCGAGUCAAGCGGCACCAAAAAUGAAGAAAGCAAUAUGGUGGCCUUAUCAUGUUUGAAUGGUGAGCAAAAAUCACAGCUUCCCUGGAUGGUGGAUAGUGGUUGCAGUAACCACAUGACUGGAGAUCUGGAGUCCUUCACCGACAUCGAUGACAAAUACCGCUCUCAAGUCAAGUUGGGAGACGGGAAGAAGCUAAAAGUGGAAGGAAAAGGCACAGUUGUUGUAUGCACAGAAGAAGGUAACAAAACUCUCAUCCGAGACGUUUUGUAUGUUCCGGAGCUAACUCUCAAUCUACUUAGCGUGGGACAACUGAUGCUGAAAAAUUACAAGCUAUUGUUUGAUAAUGGUGUGUGUGAGAUUAUCAACAAAGCAGACAAUUUCAUGGUGGCCAAAGUCCCGAUGACUUCCAACAGAAUUUUCUCUCUUGCUAUGUCACAAAAUGGUGAAGUAGCAUUCAAGAGUGAAAAUCUUGAUCAAUCCUUCCUAUGGCAUCUCAGAUAUGGUCAUCUCAACUUCAAAGGUCUCAAAUUACUGAGGCAGAAAAAUAUGGUGGUGGGACUUCCCCAGAUCAACAGAGAAGACAAGAUCUGUGAAGGAUGCAUAUAUGGCAAAAUGCAUCGUUUACCAUUUCCAAAGACAUCUUGGAGAGCAAAAGCGCCAUUGGAGUUGGUACAUGCAGACAUAUGUGGUCCAACCCGAACACAAUCGCUCAGCGGCAAGAGAUACUUUCUACUAUUUGUAGAUGACUUCACCAGAAUGAUGUGGGUAUUCUUUCUGGAGCAAAAGUCAGAAGCUUUUCCCAAGUUCCUUCAAUUCCAAGCAGUAGCUGAGAAGGAAAGCGGCCAUCAAAUCAAAACUCUCCGUACAGAUCGUGGAGGAGAAUUUAUUUAUACUCCGUUCAUGGAGUAUUGCCGCAACAACGGGAUAAAAAGGCAGUUGACGGUCCGUUACACACCACAACAAAAUGGCGUGGCAGAACGGAAAAAUCGCACGAUUGUGGAGAUGGCGAGAAGUAUGCUCAAAGCUAAGAAGCUUCCCAACAACUUGUGGGCAGAAGCGGUCAAUACAACAAUUUACAUCCUCAACAGAUCACCAACCAAAGCAGUUCGGAACAAGAUACCGAUACAUGCGUGGCACCACAGGAGGCCACAGGUGGAUCACCUCAAAGUCUUUGGGUGCAUAGCUUAUGCACAUAUUUCUACCCCAAACAGAGACAAGUUUGACCAGAAGGGAGAGAAGCUGAUCCUCACCGGCUAUAGUGAUGAGUCCAAAGGCUAUCGUCUUUACAAUCCAGUAAAGAAUGAAGUGGUGGUUUCCCGAGAUGUGAUUUUUGACGAGAUGGCGGAGUGGAAUUGGGAAAAUCCAAUUUCUCAAUCUCCACCAAGUUAUGAAAUUCUGGAGGAUUCAGCAAUUCCAGAAGACCCCAGCAACGACCCAGAUCCAGUUGCUAGUCCAGAAAGAAAUUCUGCACCUAGCCCAGAAGGAGACAACUUCAGAGACGUCGUAACAGACUCGGAUUCACCUCCGUUGAGAACAAGGUCUUUGCGAGAAAUUUAUGAAACAAGUCAUGUUGCAUAUUUUUCUUGUGAACCUCAAGUCUUUGAAGAAGCAUCCAAAGAAGAAGUUUGGAACGAGGCAAUGGAUGCAGAAAUUUCCAUGAUCGAGAAAAACAAGACAUGGGAGCUUGUUGAUCAACCGGAGGGCAAGCCGGUUAUAGGUCUCAAAUGGAUCUAUAAAAUCAAAUUCAAUGAAGAUGGUACUAUCCAGAAGUACAAAGCUCGACUGGUGGCAAAGGGCUAUUCACAACAGCCCGGUAUUGAUUUUCACGAGACAUAUGCACCAGUAGCGAGGAUGGAGACCAUCAGAACAGUUCUCGCUCUAGCUGCUCAACUGGAGUUACCAGUAUACCAGCUAGAUGUCAAAUCAGCAUUUCUGAAUGGAGAACUAGAAGAAGAAGUCUAUGUGGAACAACCACGAGGCUAUGAGAAAAAAGGAGAAGAAGACAAAGUCUAUCAUCUCCGAAAGGCUUUAUACGGGCUAAAGCAAGCACCGAGAGCCUGGAACAGCAGAAUUGAUCGAUAUUUUCAGCAAAACAGAUUUCAAAGAAGUCCGAGUGAAGCAUCUCUCUACAUCAAAAAGGGAGAAGGAAAAGAUUUUCUAAUGGUUUGUUUAUAUGUUGAUGACUUGAUUUACACAGGUACAAGUCAGCAUAUGAUCGAAGAAUUCAAAAGUACCAUGAUGAAAGAAUUCGAAAUGACGGACUUGGGAGUCAUGAAAUACUUUCUUGGGAUUCAAGUGAAGCAGUCACCUGGAGAAAUAUUUAUUUCACAGGAGAAGUACACCGAAGAUAUGCUGAAAAGAUUUCACAUGACAACGUGCAAACCAAUCUCAACACCGAUGGCAUUAAACGAGAAAUUACAACGCAAUGAUGGAGCUGAAAAAGUCGAUGGAAAGCUAUACAGAAGUCUUGUCGGGUCACUCAUUUACCUGACACAUACCAGGCCGGAUAUAUGUCAUUCAGUAAGUCUUAUAUCAAGAUUUAUGAAUGAACCUAGCAAACUUCAUUUUGCAGCAGCCAAAAGAAUUUUGCGGUAUCUUCAAGGUACAAAGAAAUUGGGCCUGACGUACAAGAAAGAAGCAGAAAGCAAGCUGACUGGAUUUACCGAUAGUGACUGGGCAGGAUCACUGGAUGAUCGAAAAAGCACAUCGGGUUACAUAUUAUGCCUGGGUUCAAAACCCAUUUCCUGGAGUUCAAAGAAGCAGAAAACUGUGGCAUUAUCUUCAGCGGAAGCAGAAUAUAUCGCAGCUACUGAUGCAGCAUGCGAAGCGCCAUAGCCAUGACAAAGAAUCCAGUAUUUCACGCAAGAUCGAAGCAUAUCGAGUUGCGUCAUCAUUUCAUCCGAGACCUCGUCAACGAAGGUUUAAUCGUGAUGGAAUUUAUCAACACCGACGACCAGCCAGCAGAUAUCAUGACAAAGGCGGUUACUCGUGAAAAAUUCGAGAAGUUCAAGGAGCUACUCCGAAUUGCAAAUUAAGAGGGGGUGUUGAAUGGUAAUUUGCAAUCAACCUAUCACUAAACACUACACAUGGUAGGCCUCAACAUUAUCAACAAUGGAUUAAUUAUUAUUGUCUCUUAUGAUAAAUAUGAAUGACCUAUGGAACAUGAGGUGUUCACAAAUAGAUGAGGUGAUAUGAAGCUCCAGCAACCAAAUAAUAGGAUUCAAUUAUUACGUACAGCAAAUGCAAAGGAGACAAGAGAAGUAAUGCAUGGGACAUACAUAUAUUAAAGACCAUGUUAGUUUGUCAUUCACGUUGCUGGAGAAUUGAAGAGUAUGUGAUGGGUGAUUGGUUCUUGCAUUUACAAUUAUAUAUAUGUGUUGUAAGUAUGGGUUGUGUAGUGAGUAACAGAAACAAAAGAAAGAAAAGCACAAGGUGUGCAUGUAUGUCUUUUGUGAGUUAAACACAUAAGCCAAAAAGUGUAAGGCUAUGUUUGUUUGAGUGUUUCUUAAAUUGAGUGAUUAAACACC